CUUGGCCUAGUAAUCCUUCAUAUAUAUAUAGCUAAAUUAACUAUGGCCAAGUUACUCACCCAACUCCUUGUUUUCUCUCUCCUUUUGGCCUUUAGGGUUGUAACCUGUGCCCCAAUACUAUCAUGUAGCCAAACUCCUUAUCCUCAAGUUUGUACCUCAAUGCUAAACCCUAGCUCUUUCUUUGCUCAAUCCAAAACUAAGUCCAAGUUCCACAACUUGGUUCUUCAAGCAACCCUCGACCGAGCCGUUCUAGCGCAUCGUCUCGCGUCGGCUUUGGACGUUAGCUCACUCGACCACCGAGCCAAGUCGGCCUGGGCCGACUGCUUAGAGCUAAGCGAGGACACCAUUAACAAGCUCAAUAGCUCGAUCUAUUCCAUACCCAGUGAUGAUGCUCAAACUUGGCUAAGCGCGGCAAUGGCGAACCAACAAUCGUGUCAUCACGGUUUCCUUGAACUCAGUUCUCUACACCACUUCUCUUCCUCACCCUUCGUGUCCAACAAUAUAACCAAAUCUCUUAGCAACUUAUUAGCCAUUAAUAAGGCAAUGGCGACGGUCGAGUCGCGCGGUAACAACCGACGCUUGCUUUCUCGUGGGUUUCCAAAAUGGAUCAAACCUGCGGACCGCAGACUUCUGCAGUCCUCAACCUCAUCGAUAAAAGCAAAUCUCGUGGUGGCGAAAGAUGGCUCGGGCGAUUACACGACCAUCUCCGCCGCUGUGGCGGCAUCCGCGAAGCGACGGAGCGGCACUUCGAGAUAUGUCAUAUACGUUAAGGCCGGCAUUUACAACGAGAAUGUGCAGAUCACGGGGUCGACGAAAAACCUCAUGCUGAUCGGAGAUGGAAUCGGCGCGACGAUCGUCACCGGUAGCCGGAACGUAAAAGAUGGAUCCACGACGUUCCGGUCCGCAACCUUUGCUGUUGUUGGCGAUGGCUUCAUUGGUCGGGACAUGACGUUUCGGAACACGGCCGGGCCACAGAAGUAUCAGGCGGUUGCCCUUCGGUCGGGAUCAGACCACUCGGUCUUCUAUCGGUGUAGCUUCGAGGGCUACCAGGACACCCUCUACGUCUACUCGCAGCGUCAGUUCUACCGCAACUGCGACAUCUACGGUACGAUCGACUUCAUCUUCGGCGACGCUGCAGUCGUCUUUCAAAGCUGCAACAUAUUCGUGCGAAAGCCGCUUGCAAACCAGGAGAACACCGUGACGGCCCAAGGACGGUCCGACCCGAACGAGAACACGGGGAUAUCCAUCUACGGCUCUGUGAUCACGGCGGCGUCGGACCUCAAGCCGGUGCAGGGCGCAUUCAAGACGUACUUGGGCCGGCCAUGGCGCGAAUACUCGAGAACGGUGGUGAUGAAGACGUCGCUUGAUAGCCUGAUCGAUCCAGCGGGGUGGCUCGAGUGGAGCGGGAGCUUCGCGCUGAGGACGUUGUACUACGGAGAGUACAUGAACAGCGGGCCGGGAGCGGGCACGGCCAGGCGGGUGAAAUGGCCAGGGUACCACGUCAUAACGAGUGCGGCGGUGGCCGGGGAAUUCACUGCCGGGAGGUUCCUGAAUGGGGAUUCGUGGAUUCCAGCGACCGGUGUUCCCUAUACUUCCGGUCUCUAAGAUGAUCUUAGCUAUACAUGUCUUUUUUUUUUUUCUUUCUUUUGUUGUUUGGGUCUCUUCUGGGUUUGUUCAUUAGUAGAAAAGUUAUAGUAAGCUGAUGGAUAGACACGUACGUGAAUCGUAUAAGAUGUGAAGUGAUAGUUGCAUCUCUGUCGAUCGAGAUAGGGCUGGUGCGUUGGAUGAUGUGUUUCUGAUUAAUUUACAACAAUGUCAAAUGUGUACUUUAUAAUGUUGAAAAUAGUUAUAGCUGUGCAUCGGAUUGAUUAUUUCCUCUAUUGA